UGGGAUGUGCCUGGAGGCUGGCUGUGCAACGUGAGUCCCACCAACGCAUCCAUCUGGGGAUUGCAACAGACCCUGUAAUUCCGUGUUGGCUUUUCAAGAGAGUUGAUGCCCGGAACCUUCUCGGCGACGACGGCAUCCUCAGCGGGAAAGAUGAGAACCCAGCAGGUGCUCGUCUUCCUCCUGCUCUUCGUGAUCGCCUCGGGGGCCUCGGAGAACGCCAGCACCUCCCGGGGCUGCGGGCUGGACCUGCUGCCCCAGUACGUGUCCCUGUGCGACCUGGACGCCAUCUGGGGCAUCGUGGUGGAGGCGGUGGCCGGGGCCGGCGCCCUGAUCACGCUGCUCCUGAUGCUCAUCCUCCUGGUGCGGCUGCCCUUCAUCAAGGAGAAGGAGAAGAAGGACCCCGUGGGGCUGCACUUCCUCUUCCUGCUGGGCACCCUGGGCCUCUUCGGGCUGACGUUCGCCUUCAUCAUCCGCGAGGACGAGGCCGUGUGCGCCGUGCGCCGCUUCCUGUGCGGGGUGCUCUUCGCGCUCUGCUUCUCGUGCCUGCUGAGCCAGGCGUGGCGCGUGCGCCGACUCGUGCGCCACGGCAAGGGCCCGUCGGGCUGGCAGCUGGUGGGCGCGGCGCUGUGCCUGAUGCUCGUGCAGGUCAUCAUCGCCGUGGAGUGGCUGGUGCUGACCGUGCUGCGGGACGCCAAGCCCGCGUGCGCCUACGAGCCCAUGGACUUCGCCAUGGCCCUCAUCUACGACAUGGUCCUGCUGCUGGCCGCGCUCGGCCUGGCCCUGGGCGCGCUGUGCGGCAAGUUCAAGAAGUGGAAGCAGAACGGCGCGUGCCUGCUGGUCACCGCCGCGCUCUCGGCGCUCAUCUGGGUGGCCUGGCUCACCAUGUACCUCUUCGGCAACGCCCAGCUGGGCCGCGCCGAGGCCUGGGCCGACCCCACGCUGGCCAUCGCGCUGGUCGCCAGCGGCUGGGUCUUCGUCAUCUUCCACGCCAUCCCCGAGGUCCACUGCUCCAUCCUGCCCUCGCCGCAGGAGAGCGCGCCCAACUACUUCGACACGUCGCAGCCCCGCAUGCGCGAGACGGCCUUCGAGGAGGAUGUGCAGCUGGCCAGGCCCUACAUGGAGAACAAGGCCUUCUCCAUGGAUGAGCACAACGCAGCGCUCCGCACGGCAGGAUUCCGCAACGGCAGCCUGGCGAACAGACCCAGCGCUCCCUUCCGGAGCAACGUGUACCAGCCCACAGAGAUGGCUGUGGUGCUCAACGGCGGGACCAUCCCAACUGCUCCGCCAAGUUACACUGGAAGACAGCUCUGGUGAAAGACUUUAUAGAUCCAGACAAUAAGUCUCUCUCUCUCUCUCUCCCCCCGAUUUUACCCCCCUGGCUCUGCCGUUCUUGCGGGAGUCCCGGCUACGGCCCCACAGUCGGGAGGCUUGGAAAUCCCGGAGCAAGGGGGGGUGGGGGUCUCGUGACAGUGUGAACAUCGCGGAGCUGAAGAGCUAACCCUGACUGCCCUGCCCUCCCCCCCCCGCCCCCGACAUGCCCACACAGGCGCGCGCACACACGGGCACACGUACGUGCGCUCGCGUGCACACACACACACACGACUCAUACCAAACCGACCUCAGUCCUUGCCAACUAAAGCUCCUUGCAGAUAGUAUUAGGCUCACUGGGAAACGGGGCCGGGAGCACAGGUUCAACCCCUGGCGGUCGAACAGAACCAAAUUUCACAGGGGCCAGCGUAGAAGGGGGUGGGGGCAAGGGGGUGGCCCGUGGGGGCUACAUAGAGAAGCGGGCACUUGCCCACCAGCUCGCCCGGGGUGUUUGCACAUUUCUAGGGCCACUAGGAACUGCUGAGAGGUGGCCGCCAGGCCCCUGGAAUGAAGGGGGUCAGGGGAGUUUUCCCACCAGUUCGUGGUGGAGGGGCCCUGGUGAGGGCCAAGGAAGAGAAGGCUGGAGGCCCACGGAAGCCUCCUGUUUCGAGAGUGGUGACCCUGGGGCUGGAGCGAUAGCACAGCGGGGAGGGCGUUUGCCUUGCACGCGGACGACCCCCGGGUUCGAUUCCCAGCAUCCCAUAGGGUCCCCCGAGCACCUCCAGGAGUCAUUCCUGAGUGCAGAGCCAGGAGAAACCCCUGUGCAUCACCAGGUGUGACCCAAAAAGCUAAAUAAAUAAAUAAAUAAAUAAAUGGUGACCCCACACUCCCCGUUCCAUCUGUGGCAGUGUCCGUGGCACGUGGCCCCCCCUGCCUGCUUCACUCUAGGGGGGCUCCUCCCGGCCCCAGCCGGAGCCACGGGCUCCCAACCCCGACCCUGGUGGCAAAGUCAUCCACGAUGAGAUCAUGGAGAAUUCUGGUGGGGGGGGCCCCCUUCGGUGAUCUGAACCCUGACUCCCGGCGGGGCCUGAGAUACAGGCACGCACGGGGUCUGUUCCAGGGAGCAGGGGUGAGAGAAAGCUGUCGGGGGAGACAUUUUUGCCUUGGUUCUCUGCGCGUUCCACGAGAACGGUUCCCCUCCCAGCCCAUUGCUGCGUCUCGGUCUCCAUCUGUCGUGAACGAGUCAUUCCUUGGUUCUGUGGCAUCUCCCCCUAUCCCGGUCAUCCAACGCCCCAUGUCCUCUGCGCUGUUUGGCCAGCAGAAUGGCACGCGACCACGCACCGCCGCGAGCUUGAACCGGACGGCCCGGAGUGCAGACAGCAGGCUGGUGGGUCUUUGAGCACAUCUUCUAAUGCCUAUGUUGCUUUUUUUUUUCCUCCCUUUUUCCUCCAUAAAACAACCCAUAAGCCUCCUUUACUUUAACCUUUCAAGAAAAAUGAAAAAAAAAAAAAAGGUUAGUGUCGCUGGGGGAGGGGCGGGGAGAGAAACGGACCUCUUCCUAAACCGCUGUCGCUGUCGGAGCCGAGUGCGUUUUAAUAAACCUGAUUUCCCCCCAGG